AUGGCGUACUUUGUGGAAAAGAUUCCCGACUUGCAGAUGUCUGACGUCGAUGAGCUGAUACGGGAAACAGCCAUGGACAGUUCCAAUGGACAGAAAAUAAUGGAAUAUAUCAGGCGCAAGCGAGGCGGUGUCAGAGUCCGUCUUAAUAAUCUGUUUGAUGCAGGCGACAACGCCAUUAAUUUUAGACUUGAUGAUAUUGCGCCACUCCCCUUGUCGCAACCGACGGAUGGUGAAGCUCAGGAGCGAUCCUCGGGAUCGCUUGUACCCGUUAGUACUAGUUCAGAACCAGUAGCUGCUGCGACUGGAGCUAACAUGAUUCAAACUCAUUCUGCGCUCUCACCGGAAAACCGAAGAGCGUCGUUCGUCAGUCCGAUGGUGGCUGUUUCGAGACUCAGCAAAAGAAUGUUGCAAAGUCCCUUUGUUAGCUACCAUGACAGCCCUGCUCAGAAUCUGAAUAAACAAGCGCUUCUGCAGCACUGUAAACGGACUAACCAGAAGAAGUUUGAGCAGUUACGGAGCGCACAAGAGCAUGCAUCGAGUACGCCCAUUGUCAGCAAUAAUCUAAGGAACGACAAUUUCAUGAAUAUACAAGAAAACAUUUCUCCUAUUGGGGACGCCGAGCAGCUUUCUGUUCCAAAGGCUGCUUCACCCGCACGGCAGACAACUCAAAAAAGCGCAGGUUCAAAGAUAAUGUCACCGGUACCAGCUACACAGGAUAUUCCGGAUGGGUUAGAAAGACGUUACCGCGAAAAAACACCACCGCGGGAAGGACAUUUGGAUUAUGUCGUACCCGAAACCCCCAGCCCAGUCCGACGAUCGUCUCCGAGAUCAAACACACCAUUACGGGCGCUUUCGAUAACGUAUCGUUCCGACAACGCUGUUGCACCAUCGCUGAACUCUUCGCAACAGUAUGGCAACAGUAGCAGGACUGCUGCUCGUUACGACGUUGCAGACGAGCGGUCCAGCCCAAACACGUCCCAGCGGAGCAUCCUCAAGAAACGCUGCUCUAAUCAAAGGGUUUCACAGUCACCUAAAAAUCGUGUGAGUUUUUCGACAAGAAUGGUGAUGGUACGAGAAAUUUCACCUACACCGUCGCAAUUUACAUCCGACGAUAGUGACAAUAACGAUGAAGAGCCGGAAGUACGUGCAAAACCGCCAGAUAUGCGGCGCAGCAUGCGUCCAUCUAAUUUGGCCACAAACGUUUACCGAUCUAGAAUGGAUCUAGAUAGGCUGGAGCAUGAUGAGAAUGAUGGCGAUGAUUUGGGACCUACCACGCUUCCCAUCACAAAUAUUGACACCCCACGAACGGUACAAAUGGAUAUCGUUGAUCCUCCGUCGGCAUUCUGCGAUGAUGAGAGUGACUCGGAUCUUUCUGGGGACGAAUUGCAGCAAAUGGAAUGUGACGAUCAGACUACAAAUCGAUCACAUCGAUCAUCGAGCCCCAAUCAAGACAAACGCACGACGUUCCGUACGGUUCGCACACAUGACGGUUUUAUUAAUGAAGAGAAUUUUCCGGAUGAACAUCACACCACCCGCAUCGGCAAAAAUCUACGCUUGGUGAGUGCUGAUUCUCCCAACGAUGUUGUACCUAUGGUAAUGCUGAAAGCUGUCGACAUGAUCCACUCUCAAGUCGAUGAUGAACAGAACUUCACGGUAAAUCAAGCACCGUUGGCGCGCACUACGGUCGUCAUGACUUCGAGGCGGCAUACUACAAAACCGAAGAUCGACGUAGAUACAGAGAGCUAUUUCAAAACGAUCGAAGACAAACAAAAGUCCCAUGAAAAUCAGAAGAAAAGCCAAAAAGAACGCCGAAAACUGUUUGGAUCGAACAUGAACGAUCCACCCACUGAGGACGAUCAGUUUCCUGAACCGUUGCCUCCGCGUGCAGAGGACGCUGUGACGCAGAGCGCCCCGCGAUUAAAGCCGUUAUCAGUUGUUGUGAAGCGUCUGUCGUCAGGGACUUUAAAGAGAACCAUGCAACUCUGGAAUGGUGCCGACUCCUCGUCGGAUUCUACCCCGUGUGGUAGCGAAGCUGAAGUGGAAAUCGAGAUUCCCGUCGUUGAAAAACAGAACGAAGAACGGAGUGAAAAGACAUACAAAUCGAAAUAUUCCGAUGUGCAGCAGCCUGUGAGCCAGAGUACUGAUCCCCAACAGCUCAACCAGCAAACAGGGUCAAAAUCAAAUAAUAAGGUUACGAGAUCUAGGAAAAAAACCAAGGAGUCAACGGAAAAGCCGCAAAAGAGCGUUUCGCUGAAGAAACUGAAGGAUGUGUCGAACGAAAUUCGCGUACAGGUUGAAGGGGACGAACCACGCAGAAGUCGCCGAAAUAGACGCAUUGCAGCCGAAGUGCUGUGGAACAAUCCAACAAUCUCGCGGAAUGAUGCUCCGUUGUACAUAAUGCCCACCGUUGACGAUAUCAUUCAUUACUACAGACAGAUGGAGAAGGAGAGUAAAAAGAGUAAAACUAAAUCCGCCAAAAACGCACGCAACGAUAAAGCACAGCGGCCUGAAAAGAUCGUUCAUGAAACUCCGGUGGAUGGUGGAUCACACAAGGACAAUAAGAAAAAGAAGAAAGUUACGAUAGAAGAAAGCAUUGAUCAUGAAGGAUUCCGAAUUCCUUCGGUUCCGGUAAACAAACAAAAGAAGCAAAAGAAAAUCAAAGAAACUUCAACCAUGACCAGCCCAACCGUGCAGUUUUCCACUCUGCACGCCGUAUCAAGUGAUUCUGGUCUUUCUUCGGCCGGUUUAACGAAUGACGAAGUAACUGUACCGGAAACGAGUGCGCAACCAUCGACUUCAAAGUCGGCGGAACCUUCGUCGCACAAACCGACAACAACCGCGCCAGGAAUGGAAGAUUUGCUGGCGGAGAAACGCAAAACGUUCGACUGGAUGUUGAUGUUGAUGGAGAACCAGGAGCUUCGGCCCGAGGCAUUGCCGAUGGUUGAAAUUCAAGGCUUCACGCAUCUUUCCCUCGAUCACCUUGCCUUCCAACGGCGAGAUUUGAUCGAAUAUUCGUUCUACGUUUACUCGAAUGGAGACAACUUUGGAUUCAUCCGAUUUUUGCCCAACGCGAAGAAAAAAAUGACUCGUACGAAAAAUUGUCUUUUGAAAUUUCUCGUACUCAGCGGCUCGAUAAAAUUCAUAAUCAAUGACUACGAGGUGAAUGUAGUCGGUGGCGAUUUCUUGAUGUUGCCAGUCAAUUCCACGUAUCGGACCAUUAACGGGUCAGUGUCUACACUGAUGUUUAUGAUCAAAACGAGCGUACCUAGCAGCUGA